GGCAAGCGCAAAAGCUCAUAAGGUUGCAAAUAGUACCCUCGUUGCUUUUCUCCCAGUCGCGCGAAUUCUAACGGACGGACCCGCGCAUAGUGAGUUAGGCUCGCCCAACCUAUGCCAACGGCUUGCCUAUACCUCUCCUAAACCUUGGAACUCCUGUAGCAGCUGCCUAAGACUAUGCAUAGUGCUAGGACUGGUCAUGUCACUAGAUGUGUGCCUCAAGUGAGGUGUUCAUUGGGCUUGCCACCCAUAAUGGUCAACUCCUGCACCGGAAAGAUGGGUCAUUCGGCCGCCGAGUCCCUGGUGAUGCAUGGUUUUCCGCUGAUACCGCACACGUUUAGCGGCCUGUCCGUCGGCGUCGCGGUAAAAAACAUUGGAGUUCGUGGCGUCCCUGUGCAGCUUGUGGGGAAAGCCAAACGCCAGGCCGCCCUUGACUCCCUUAAAAGCCAGUACCCACGCAUGAUGGUUGUCGACUUCACAUUAGCUCAUUGCGUCGAAGACCAUGCACAGUUCUAUGCGGACAACGGCCUGCCCUUCAUAAUGGGCACCACGGGGGGCGACCGGCAGCGCAUGCGGGAGGCGGUGGAGGCGGCCGGAGUGUAUGCGGUGCUGCCUUCCCUGGCUGGAGAGCAGGCGGCUGCCUUCCACGCCCUCCUGACGUCGCUUGCUGCGCCGUUGCCGCCCAACUUCGAGCAGUACGCGUACGAGGCGACGGGCCGGGCGGCAGACGCGGGUGCACUGGACCUACUGGACCCUAGCGCUGCGCCGGAGAUUGCUUGGACGCUACAGCGCAUGGGCAUUCAGUGCGACGAGGCCCAAGUCCACCACAUGCGUGCCGCUCGGCAGCAUCGCAUGGAGGGCCUACUUCACCUGGAGCGCGAGCCGCCUGCAGCUUCCAAACUGCACGUGCUGCAAGGCCGCGGCGCAGCACGCACCUGCCGCCUGACCGCACCCCACCAUGGCGACAGCAGUAUCAGCGGUCGCGGUGCCGCCGGCGGUGCUGGUGCUGAUCAGCCCUCGCUGCUGCUGCGCCAUUACGGCUUGGAUCGAGCUGCGUUUGCGGCGGGAGUGGUGCUGGCGGCGCGCUUCCUGGCGGCACGUGUUGCCGAGGGCGCUGCGCAGCGAGUGUACGACAUGGUGGAUGUACUGCGGGCCGCCGUACUGGAGAGUGGAGAUGGAGGUGGUGGAGGAGGAGGAGGGGGAGGAAGCCAGCAGGAGGUGGGGCAUUCUGCACCCAGGUUCUCGAGCAACAUUCUCUCGGCGGAUCAGUUGGUCAAGGUAACGGCCACGUCGGUUGCUGAAUGACUGACCGGCGCUGUAGUCUCCAGUCGUACUGUCUUGCGGGGUACUGUGCGUGGUUGCCAGUAGCUUGAAGGUUGUUACCGAGCUUACAUGAAGCUAUGUUCAAAGUGUUCGUGCGGGCGGCAUCUUUGCUGGACUGCUGGCGCUUGUAGGUUCAAGCAUGACCUACGGUAUGUCCAGUUCACAACAACGCGUCUGAACCCGAUCCUAUUACCUGUGCUCGUCGCGUGGCAAGGUUAAAGCUGCUAUACAUAGGCCUGCAGCAUGUGUACGUUAGUAAGGAGGCCUUGGUACGGGUAAAAUAGGAUUGUUUGCACGGAAUGUAGUCUUGGCUUGUCGUGUCUGCCGUUGCUCAAAGUCCUUUGGCAUUGUCCAACUCAUGUGAGCCGAGAUGUUGGUAUUGCUUUGUACAGUUAGUUUACUGCUCGCAAUAGGUCAGCCGUGGGUGCCGCGUGGCAACCAACGUGGGUGAGCAGUCCUGCAUUGCCGUACCGUAUAGCGGCGCUGCUGCGGCUACAUCCUGUUGUACACGGGCCCUCAUCCGGAGAUGUCCCCGAUGUGUAUAUUACCCUGUUUUGUCCCCUUUACCUGUCUUUUUUUUGAAGUGCCCACCUUACAUUUGGUUAAUAUUAAUGAGAGGCGUUUGUGUCUAGAUAGGUAUCUGUCAGGGUAAAGGUGCAGUCUGGAGGCAGGGGUUCUAAGUAACAAUACAGGAGGACUAGCAGAAGAUUGUACCAUAUGAGGUCGUGCCCCUGCGCCAUUCCGUUUGGACACCUGUGGGUGUAUGUAGCUAAGGGUUAUGUAGUUCUUUGUUAUCAUCCUCGAUAGUUAAAACAUACACCCGCAUGCUUUGGGCGGGCCUAACCUUGCCAUGCAUCCAUGGCUGUAAGCCUGUAACCCAAGCACAACAACUGGAGGGUGGCUUUUAUUGCAUGAGUCGGAACUAGGAAGGAAGGACUUUGGGCCGGUUGGUGGUACUAAUCUCGGAAGUACUGCUCCAUGUGUGGCUCGUAUCCUGUUUGUUUCAGAUCUUGCCUUGCUAACUUGGUUUGAGACGUGUUGAGAUUGGGCCUAUGUACGUGUGCUAUGCCAGGCUUAUGUCACAACACCGUACAAACUUACACCUACAGCAUCACCAGUACAACAUGGUGAGGGGUCUUGAGCAGCCCACA